AUGAUGAAGCAGAAUCCUGCAAAAUAUCAAGACAGAUUAAAUAAAUUACAAAAAAUAUUAUUACUACGGGCUGCGUUAGAUCCAAAUUUCCUGAAGAAUCCUGAAGAAAUUGGAAAGGUGAUUACGAACACCACAUAUGCAGACGGUGAUCGAAAUAUCACUGACAUCCUAAUG